AUGGCGAAGGCACCUUCCUCGCUCGUUUUCCCCAUCAUCUUCCUUGUGAUGUUUGCUUUGGUUGAGCAGAAUAUGGGAUGCAUGGAUGUUAUUGGAACGUGCCGUUACAUUCCCGAUUGCGGUGGGGCAUGCAGAGUUAGAUUUGGAAUAAAUGCACGUGGUUUCUGUGACCGCGACGGUGCUGAUGGAAGAUGUAUUUGCGCUUACCCUUGUCCGAGUGAUAAGACUCAUUCAUGA